GAGUCUACUGUAUACAGGACAAUUUGAUCAAGUAAAGGUAUUGAGAAGAGCAGAAUAAAGGUGAAGUCAAAAGGAGAGUCAUGGAAGCAAUAUUCAUCAAGGCGUAUACAGAAUUGUUACAGUUCAUGGAAGAAGGAAUGUUUGAUUAUUAUAUUCCGUGUUCAGCUUCGGAUAUACACAAAGUUAAAGUGAUGGAGAUUCUCCAGGAUUUGUGUCUAUGUCAACACUACAGCAAUGAAUUCUGUGAUACUCUGUUGUUGGAUGGAGAGUUUUGGGAAACUCUGGAUUUAACUACACUCAGGGUUUUCAUAGUAUCAGAUGGUGCCUUCCUCUAUGUGGACACCAGACGCCAUGACCUGGGAUCUGCAAUCGAACAUCAACAGCUGAUUUCUUUUGUUGACCAAUAUUCUAAAUAUAUGGAAGAAAUGUUUGUUAAUGGAAAUGUUAUUGCCAUUGAAGCAUCUGAUCCAGCACAAGACUGGAUCAGCCAGCAGAUGAUUAAACCACAUGUGAAAGUGUUAAAGGAAAUGUUAAAAUUCACGGAUAUUCAAAUAAAAGAUGGAUUGGAAAAUCUGCAUCAGAGAGAUGAGGAAAUCAAUUUCCCUAACCUGCUAGAUACACUAGUCCUUACAGAAGAUGCUGUGGUGAAUGUUUAUAUUGGGACCAGGAAGUAUGCCUUCUCUGCUGAUGUCAAACUUGUCCUCCAUGAAUGUUUUGAUAGAUACCAGAGAGAACCAACCAUGCAAGAAUUUGACCAAGAAUGGAAUCGCAUCAAAGGUACUGGCAUAGAACAUUUGAUCAACCUUGUGGACAUAGAGAAAGCCAGAGCUGAACAGGCAGACAACAGGGCAAACAGGGCACACAGGGAAAAACUUGAGGCCAUGAGGCAGACCAACACUGCAAUGGAGGACAGGAAUGAGGCACAGCAACUGAUGAAUGCUGCUAUUGAGGAGAUUAUACAGGGUAAAAAUAGAGAAGAUCUGCUAGCGGAUAGGAGUCAGAGAGCAGAGGAGGAGAAGAGGAGAGCAGAGGAGGAGAAGAGGAGAGCAGAGGAGGAGAUUGCACAGAGAAUACAAAAGGAACAAAUGUUAGAGGAGGAGAAGAGGAGAGCAGAGGAGGAGAAGAGGAGAGCAGAGGAGGAGAUUGCACAGAGAAUACAAAAGGAACAAAUGUUAGAGGAGGAGAAGAGGAGAGCAGAGGAGGAGAAGAGGAUAGCAGAGGAGGAGAUUGCACAGAGAAUACAAAAGGAACAAAUGUUAGAGGAGGAGAAGAGGAGAGCAGAGGAGGAGAAGAGGAGAGCAGAGGAGGAGAUUGCACAGAGAAUACAAAAGGAACAAAUGUUAGAGGAGGAGAAGAGGAGAGCAGAGGAGGAGAAGAGGAGAGCAGAGGAGGAGAUUGCACAGAGAAUACAAAAGGAACAAAUGUUAGAGGAGGAGAAGAGGAGAGCAGAGGAGGAGAAGAGGAGAGCAGAGGAGGAGAUUGCACAGAGAAUACAAAAGGAACAAAUGUUAGAGGAGGAGAAGAGGAGAGCAGAGGAGGAGAAGAGGAGAGCAGAGGAGGAGAAGAGGAGAGCAGAGGAGGAGAUUGCACAGAGAAUACAAAAGGAACAAAUGUUAGAGGAGGAGAAGAGGAGAGCAGAGGAGGAGAAGAAAAUGUUAGAGGAGGAGAAGAGGAGAGCAGAGGAGGAGAAGAGGAGAGCAGAGGAGGAGAUUGCACAGAGAAUACAAAAGGAACAAAUGUUAGAGGAGGAGAAGAGGAGAGCAGAGGAGGAGAAGAGGAGAGCAGAGGAGGAGAUUGCACAGAGAAUACAAAAGGAACAAAUGUUAGAGGAGGAGAAGAGGAGAGCAGAGGAGGCAUUGAUCCAGGAAAGGAUAAGAGAGCAAAUCAGAGCAGAGAUAUUUGAACAAGAAAAGAGGAAACUUGAAGAAGAAAAAUUAUUAAUGGCAGCACAGUUUGAGAAGGAGAAGGAUACUCUUUUAUUAAGAAUACAACAACUGUCAGGUUGUGUACAAGCAUGAUAUGUGUAUGUUAGUAGUCUGACUGUAUGUGAAUGUGUAUGUGAAUGUGUAUGUGAAUGUGUAUGGGUAUGAACAAAUGCUGAAGUAUGAAUGCUUGAUGUAUUUGGGACACUUCUUUGAAUUUUAAGGUAAUUUGUUAAAUAUUAGCUACUUUAUAGAACCACAGUAUCAUUAGCACUUUGAGUCUGUCUCAAGCUGAAGUGGAGAUGUAUACAUUGUAUAGAAGAAUCUUUAAUUUUGUUUGUUUCAUGCAUUUUGCUACAAGUACCAGUCAUAAUUGAUAUUUUUGUCUGUUUAGAAAAAGGAAAUAAAUGUUUACAUGUACAUUUUGCAAUAGAUGGAAUCUAUAAGUUCAACAGCCCUGCUUUUUUUUAAGUCAUGAUAAUAAAAUAUAUAAGAUCCUAUACCCCUCCCACCUCCCCCCCCAUCCCCAUCCGCCCUCCCAAAAACACAUACACAGCAUUUUCCCCUCCUCUAUCCUUCAACACUAUGCAAUAUUGUGAAAAUAAGUCAUUCUAUCUUUAGAUUACUUGUAUGGUCUUGGUGGUAUGAUAUAAGGUGGUAAUUUGUCACAUCCAUUAAUUAUUAUUUGAUAAUGUCACAUUUACAGUGUUUACAGAAACAUUUGGGUAGAGACUGACUCAAGGUGUUAGUUAGAGAGUAAGCUAUCCUUAAAUUGAUUUGGAAUGUUUAUUUGUGAGUAAACUAUCUCUUUGUAAAUCAGUGUUUACAUUAUCUCAGUGUAAAUCAGUGUUUACAUUAUCUCAGUGUAAAUCAGCAUUUAUAUUAUCCCAGUGUACAUAUUUCUUUAUUAGAUAAAUUAUUAUAUUAUCUGAAUGAUAAUAUAUCAUUUAUU